AUGGUAAGCUCGCAACUCCAUUUGAGAAUUUCUGCUUAUGCCCUUGCUGCCAUGGUCGAGAGUGCUGUUCUUUCAGAGGAAUUAAUGCAAGGUUUUGAUCAAGAGAUUGUUGUUGUAGUAGUAGCUAGAUUAACUUCUUAUAAAAUGGAAAUGGAGGAAUCAUUUGAUGCAACAAGGUGUAUAGAUAGAAACCUAAUUCGUCUAUGUUCCAAAUUUGGGGACUAUAGAAAAGAUGACCGUUCUUCAUUUUCUUUAUACCCUAGUUUCUCAUUGUUCCCUCAAUUCAUGUUCAGUCUUCGAAGAUCACAGUUUGUUCAGGUGUUUAAUGAUAGUCCAGAUCAAACUACUUAUUUUCGAAUGAUGUUAAAUAGAGAAAGCAUAACAAAUGAAACUGUGAUGAUUCAGCCUUCAUUAAUUUUAUUUGUAUUUGUUGUCAUCUGUUUUUAUCUUUUUGACGUAAUGCAACAUGUUGCUGCUGAAGGCAUAGCCUUGGUCAAACAGGCAGAAGAUGCUGCAAGUAAUAAGAAGGCAGAAAAGAGAUUGCAGGUUAAUCUUGCUACAUGGCCAAUAAUGAUCUUUAGGGUCUGCUAG